UUCUUCUUUUGUUAUUGCUGCAAAAUUUUCAGGGCUUUUGGGUUUGUGGAUUCUGUUUAAUUUCAUGGGAUUCUUUGCUUUUGUGGCAUGCCAUGGUCAGUUGCUGUUAAUUUUGUGACAUUAUUUAUUUCUUAGUUAUACUUUUUAAUUUUCUUUCAUCCUUAUGUAUAUAAUUUGUUGUGAGCAUAGAAUUAGUUAGCUGUAUUACUUGCUAAUUGCUUGCUUUUAGUUGUGAUUGAACAUUUUGUCAAUGUGUUCUUGUUGGUUGAUUUACCUGUUUGUAUCAAACUUUUGGAGAUUUUAUUCAUAUUUCUUCAUUUUGAUAGCACCCUUUAUUUGUUUUCAGUGAUUUUCUACCUACCAUGAAGAGGAUAAUGCCAUGGAGUGAUGAAGAUGAUGACUCCUCGGGUGAUGAGUCGCCGGCUUCGCAUUCCGACUCUGACAACGAUAAUGAAGCUAGUGGGAAGAAAUCAAAAGGAAAAUAUGGGAAGCAGAAAAGUGCUGCAAUUGAUUUUGAGGCUCUGAGGUGGCAUGAAUAUAAAGGUGGACCGUCGGUAUUGAGGGUACCCCCACCGAAAGAAGGCGACACAAAGCAGGAUUGGCCUUGGUCCACUGGAAAAGACAAGCAUGACAACAAGGAAACUGAAGUAUCAUAUGAAUAGCAAUAGAAAACAAGAGAGGCUAUAUUGAUUGGAGAGCAGCUGGCGACUGUUCAGACUCGGAAUGAUAAGAAGAAUCUUUCAUUCUUUCAGAAGAAAAAGAGGAAAAGAGAACUUAGUCAGGCAAGUAAAGGGAAAAGUUAUGUUGAAGAAGAGAAGAGGUUGUUGAGGGAAAGUGGUAUAUAUUCUGGUUUUGAUUCUUGAUUUGCUAGAGUAGAAUCCACUUCAUCAUGUAGAAAAAAGUUCACUAUCUUCUGUGGUUUUUGUUGUAAUGAAAAAGAUUUCUUUUUAGUAACUUGAAAGCAUGAAACAUUAAACAUAUGAAUUAGAGGGAAGUUUUUAUGGUUUUAACUUCUAAGAAAUAUAUGUGGUGUCAAGAUUGUAUUUUGGGAAGCAAUUCUAUCCGCCCCAUGUUAAAUGGAGCGGAUUUGGUCGACCUGAUUGUUUUUUGUUUGGGUA